GUCCCUUAGUGGCGGGAAUAAGGCUGGACAGGCAGCCUUACUGUCGUUAAAAGAAAACAUAAAAACGCUCCACUGUGUUUAAUUGGUAUGGCAGAAGAUGUACAUAAAAUCAAAACAAAGGAUUGCCAUUUUGAAGUGCGCGGGAGUGACACCGCCCGUUCGAACCCCGGGGUGAUCAAAGCGAGCGACCCCCUCCAACUGACAUCCGCGAAAGAAAUUCACAGCCUCUUACUUCACAACAGUAUUCUGAGCAGAUAUUUAUUCAUUCACCCUCAAAGUUGGUGUCACGCGGCACGCACAGGCAGGUGAGCGUAUUUAUUUGUGUUUGGAUAAGAGACGGAAAUCUGUCGAAGAGAUGGAGAACUGCAGCUUCCACAGCCAGCUGCUGUCCGUCAUGGAGGUCCUGGCCAAGGCAGCUGUGGCGGAGAUAAACCGGCGGGUGGACGACAGCUGCGCGGUGCUCCGGCUGGAGGUGAGCCAGAGCCGGCGAGACAUCGACCUGCUGCAGAGGAAGUGUGAGGCGAUGGAGGCAGAGCUGAGGAGGAGCAGGAUGAGAGCCCGGAGGAAAAUGUUUUAUCCUCCAGCAGCAGAGAGGUUCUCACCUCUGGUCAAAAUAGUGUUGAACAGAGACAGACAGAACACAGACUGGGACGGACAGAUGGAUGCUGAGGCUCAAAAUCAACCUCAACAGUGUGCUGAUGAAGCUGAACACACACUGAUCAAAGAGGAGCGAGCAGAGGACGACGUGUGGACGAACGACCCCGAGGACAAACUGAUCCCUGAGGCCGAGCAGCAGCAGUGUUUCGAAGCCUCACAGCCUGCCCAGACCAACAGCUUUGUAGAGUGUCACCACUCAGCUGAGAACCCGACCAACCCUGGAUCUUUAAUUUCCCCAACAGACGGGUACAACAGAAACCAAAUCGUGGAAGAGCUCGUAGUGAAACAUGAGAGAGAGGAAGAGCCAGAUGAGAACGCAGCUCCUCUUGAUUCAGCCCAGAGGUUCGUGGUAGAGGAAGGUGACGGACAGCUGUGGACGUCCGAUCUGUGCAGAGAAACCACUGAUGCAAACUUCUCGUACGCUGAGCAAGCGUUUGAGGCAGUUCCCUCUGCGUUCCCGUCUCAGAGCGGAUCGCAUUCAGUCGCAGUGAGCGCAGCGCGAGCAAAAAGGCGAGCCAGAACUUUUGGAUGUAAGAGACCGCAACCAGAUGAAGCGCUCAACGCUUUAUCUCAGAUCAACACCACGGAUCAGUGCCUGAUUCCUCAGCAAUCACAGCAUCAGUACCGAGACUCUCCGGCUCAUGUGAGGAACCCACACGAGGAUCCACCAAACACAGCGGCCUCUUCUGUCUGCCGCAGCAGCUUCAGCCUGGCGAGAAGGAUGAGGACGCCCUGGAGGUCCGGCCUCGGCGAGAAGAGGUUCAGCUGCACGUACUGCGACAAGAGCUUCAUGAGGUUCAGUCAGCUCAAGGAGCACCUGAGGAGCCACACGGGGGAGAAACCGUUCAGCUGCCAGCAGUGCGGCAGGAGCUUCACCAAACAGUGCAACCUCAUCAGACACGCGGUGGUCCACAGCGGGGAGAAGCCCUACGAGUGCUCGCUGUGCGGGAAGUGCUUCACCCAGCGCUCGAGCCUCAAGUCCCAUCAGAAGACAGCACACUGACUUUACAGAGCUUUAUUUUACGUUAUACAAGAAACAUUCCCUCUGAGUUCAUAAAAGGAAAUUUGACUUGAGGAAGGAGAUACAUUAUAUUGAGAAAAUGUUUUCAUUUUCUAUUGUUUGUUUUUGUGUUUAAGACAGUUUUAUUUUACAAGAUUUAAUAUAAUAUUGAUAUAUUGACUUGUUCAAGGUUGUUAUACCAUGAUCAAGCUAUAAGAGCCAUACCGGUGUGGUUGACAGUGUAACUACUAAUCAUAUAUACGUCAAAUUAUUGCUAUUUCUUCUUGUAUUUUUCCUUGGCAGCCAUUAAAUUUCCAUCAUUUUCCAGAAAGUAUGAAAAACAGAUAGUGGACUUGUGAACCAUCACACUGAGUGACCAACUCUUUACGUUGUUAUCCCUCAACAAGUAUAUAUAGGAUAUUGUGUUAUAUUAUAUUAUACAUAAUAGUCCUUUAAAUGUGCAUCAUCCUGUGCUGAAAAGGUUUAUUUGACUGUUACAGUACAAAACAAGUACUCAUAUGAACCUGAAGAUUUAUGAAAACAAACAGUCAUAUUAUCACUUGAUAUUGUUGUUGUGUUGCUGUAACCUUCAAUGACGCACAUGCCAUUAUGUUAGAUUCCUCCUGUGAUACACUAACAAUCAAAAGGAAAAUUUCAGAAAUUAAUAACCCUGUCAACAUUUAAUUAUGGUUUCUCUCUGGUUACAAGCGAUAUGCUAUUUCUGCGCAUGUUACCCUCCACAUGGGGGCGACACGAAGGAGUUUCGAGGAAGAAACUUGGCAACUGUACUGUAUAAAAUCACAACACUUGUGUAAUUCACCUCACAUCAUUCAUAAUUUCUGCAUAAAGAAGAAGUAUUGCAACAAUAAAUUAUCAGCUUUUACAAUCGGUCA